ACACCAUCCACAUCCAUGGCUCCCAGCGAUGGUGCUCAGAAAUUGAUCUUUUUUCCCAAGGCGGAUGCUGCAGUGCUAUCUCUCUCUCCGCCACCAGAUUACCCCAAAACGGUGGGUCCCAUCUACGACCGCGACAAUGUUGAUACCCCGUGCUUGCCAUACCCGUUCGAUGCAGAAGAGUCUUACUACCCUCGCGCAAACCAACUUUACCUACCUGAACCUGCCCCAGUCCCGGACAAGCACUUCUGCAUCUCGGAUCGCUACUUGCGCGCUUCCCUGACUAAGAAUGAAAGGUUCCGCCUCUCCAUGCUUUGGUAUUACACGCGCGACAUUUUUCACGAAACAGAAUUUCUCUCGGGCCUGCAGGAGAAGGUUCGAAUUGCACAAGAGUCGACAGGAUGGGAGUUUGCCAUAAUCGGUAUCCUCGAUGUGAAUUACUACACACGUCUCGCCACCGUUGGCGUCCCGCUCGGAAUCCUACCGCGUGGGGAAACCAUCUGUGCCCAUACAGUCGCUCAGCCUCCCGGCAGUGUCUUUUUGCUACCGAACAUGUUGGAAGAUUGGAGGUUCGAGAAGUCGCCCUACGUAGAAUCUGGUGGACUUCGCGCAUACGCUGGUGUGCCGCUUCGACUGCAGAACGAAACUGGACAGACAGCCUGCCUAGGCUCUCUGUGUGUAGCAUCACCAUCGCCCCAGGCCCCAUUGACACAAGCACUGCAAGCCUCGCUAGCCCGCCUGGGUGAUUGGGUCGUCUCAGACAUUGUUCAUCUUACUAGAGCGCGGCGUCAGCGCGCAAGACGCCAGAUGGUUGAUCUAAUAGCUACAGUGAAAUCGGAGACAGAUCCUGCUAUAUCUGAAGAGCCCGUUAUCCAAAUACUCAAAACUAUCUAUCCCGACGCGACCAUUACUCUCCAAGCUUCGAAAGCUGGUCAUAUCGAGGCCGAAGGGCGCGUUCCAGUUCCAUUGUCUGAACUGGAAGGGGGACUGUGGGAGGAUGUUGAAUACAUGGAUCAAUUCAUCGCAGAGUGGAAUCACCGAGAUCUCCCUGACGACCGUGUGGUGCGCAUCAUUGCUGCACAGUGCGAGAGCAUAUCCGGACAGUCAUUCCUAGCCGUAGGAACAAAGGAUUUCCGGCUGGUGUUUGAUGACAUCGAUGCCUGGUUCGUACACACGUGCGCAGGCAUCAUCUCUGAGAUUUGGCACAAGCGUCUUCUUGCAGAGGUUAUGCUUGCCAAGGAGAAAUUCCUGCGCGGUUUCUCACAUCAACUCCGAACACCCGUCCACGGCAUUCUCGGUACCGUAGAGCUGCUUGCUGAGGUGUUGGAGUCCCAGAAAUCAAAGAGCAUCCCUCAGCAGACAGUCGCACUACUCGAGGCGGCCGAUGCUGCCAAGCGUGGCGGGGAACCGAGCGUUUACCUUGAUACCAUCAAAUCGGCCGGCCGAGACUUGAUAUCAAUCAUUAACAACAUGAUCACUCUGAACAGGUGGGCCGACGUCGCCAAAACAGAGCGCAACUACGCAACAUAUACCAUCUACGACCUCGAGAGGGAACUUUCCAACGAGAUACUCAAGAUGACUUCAGGUGACUCACGUUAUAAUGCCUCCGUUUGUUUCGAACAUGACCUACCCCCGGAUCAAUGUAGCUUGUGGAUAGACAUUGGAUUACUGUGCGACAGUUUGCUACCUCUUAUCAUCAAUGCCAUUCAAAACACGCCAAAAGGCAAUGUUAUAAUCGCCAUUUCUGCUCGCUUAGAUACCAAAGAGCUUGUGGUUGACAUUAAAGACACGGGCCGCGGAAUUCCGCCCGAGGACCAGGAGCGAAUUUUCGAGCUGUACGAGCAGAUUGACACGCAUACUUCUGGUUCAGGAAUAGGUCUUACUCUUGCUUCCAAAUUCGCGGCGCUGCUUCGAGGUUCAAUCGAUCUAGUGUCAUCCGAUGUACAUCACGGCUCUCAUUUUAGGGCCAAGUUCGGGGAUGUAGAUCUCAGAUUCUCUGGAUCAUCGCUGUUGGAUGAACCGCUGAUUCCGCAAUUACCCAAUAUACCAACACGCUUCCACGCAGUUCCAUCUGGCACGGAACGCUCAUCCCUGUGCGACCACUUUUCCAAAUUCCUUACAUGUUACGGAUGGACAUCCUCAGACGAUGUUGAGGAUACCCUCAUCAUUGUCGACUGUUCGACGGACAUUGAGCAACAUCGCGCGGUAUUAUCGCAGUUACCAGCAGAUCAAGCUAUCGUCUGCCUGAUCUCGUCUUCUGAUACCAUGCCCAAGUCUGAUGGUGAAUUUUACAAUGUGGUAUACGUGGAGGGACCAUUUUUCACUACGACAAUGAGCCGCGCACUUGUGCGAGCCGCCGAAUGCCUCUCGACUAUGAAAGACGGCCAGACGGUUCUUACUCAGCAUGAAAUAGACCUCGCAAUUCGCCCAAAACAACAAAGUCUCGUGCAGAAUGACAGCAAAAGCGAAAAGGCCAGCCAUGUCGCUCGUGAUUCGAGUUCAGACAAGAUGUCGCGCACCGAUGAUGUGACCGUUGACACAUCCGAGACACCCUCAUCAGCACCCACCGAGACCGCACUGGACCUUCAGGAAAAGCAGGAUUCGACAGACUCAUUACCCAUAUCAAUAGAUAGCUCUGGCGAUACAAACUCUGAUGAUUCCACGCCCCCAACAUCCGAUUCCGACGAAGCUCAUCUCACAACACCACGUCCCUUUCAACCAUUCCCUUCAUUUCCAUUUCCGGAGUCCGCCUUUCACGCCACUGCCCUACUGGUCGACGAUAACGCUAUAAACCUCCGCAUCAUGCAAUUAUAUUGUGAGAAACGCUCCGUCCCCUAUGUGUGUGCUAGCGACGGCCUCGAAGCAGUAUCAACCUUUCAAACCCACCAAUCCUCCGCCGGCAACGACCAAUCAGUACCGCCCAUACAAGUCAUCUUCAUGGAUCUCCAAAUGCCGAAAUGCGAUGGCAUCGAAGCUACAAGACGGAUCCGCCAGCUGGAGACGGACAACAAUUGGGGACAGAGUACGCUUUUUGUGGUGACUGGACAGGACAGUGCCACUGAUCGAAAGGCGGUGGCCGAGGUGGGUGCCCACGAGUACUAUGUGAAACCCGUCAGCAUGAAGAGUUUGGAUGCGGGCCUGAAGAAGUAUUUCCCGUCAUUCCAGGCUGGAUGA